AUGACACGUGAUUUCUUUGCUUUAGUACCGGAUAUUUUUAAAAACAAUUUAAUUAUUCUUGAAAGCCUUGGGAUACGUACUGGUGGACAUUUUGAGCAACAGACACACGAUGCUUUAUUUCAUCUAUUUUUGAAUGUUGGAAUUCCCUAUGUUUUUCUCCGUCAUCCUAUGCAUGAUACUCUGUACAAAUUAAUUAUGGCGGUAGGUUUAACUUUUUAG